CCCUCCAGCUAACCUCAGGCACGUGUGUAAACACCUUAGAAAGUCCCCUGUGAAAUUCGUAUCAAAGCAGCACCGUGAUUUUACCUGAAAACAAUUUGCUCCACGUCAACUGUGAUUUCUGACACCCGAAUUUGAAAGUGAUCUGGGUGGGCCCAGCUCCAUCUCCAUAACCGAGUCAUGUGUUUAUGUGGAGGGAGGAGAGGAAAGCCGGCAGUAUGUGUGGCCGUGGAAUAAUGUUCCACACACCCUUACAGGAGGGAUUUCCUCCUCGGUGUUUCCAUAGAACCUUCCCUGUGUUUGUUUAAACCCGCUGCACACUCUGGUCUGACAGCUGCCUGGCCCAGGGCCUUCCUUGCAGACGCAUGUACAACCGCCCCUCUUUAACAGCAACCUGCACUGUGUCCCUCGAUGCAAUUACUCGAAUAUAUAAACCUCACUGAAAGGCAGGCUUUUCUUGGGAGCUAAUAAAUAAGCCCCAAAGCCACAACGUGUGUAAGACCUUGAAAAAUGGCAUCAUCAUCUAUUGGGAAUUGUGAACCCUGCAAAAAGCAGCUCAUUGUAUUUUCAGAAAAAGGUUUUUGUUAAAAAAAAAAAAGAACAAAAAUCACCAAGUGGAGUUUAUAUGGAAAAAAACCCAUCUAGUUGGAGAUACUAUGGCUGGUCUCUUUGCUGCAUUAAUCCUUCUUCGCAGAUUUUAUGUAAGAGGCAUUAUUUGCAGGAAAACAAGACAGGGUUUUAAAGCACUCCCUCUCAUCCCAGUUUUCCUUCUGCAGUUAUAAUCCUCUGCUUGUGACCUCUGCAUUAGUUGCCAUGGAUGCUGGGCAGAAGUUUAUGACCUCAGGAGGGGUUGUGACUUCUGGGGGCAGAGAUGAAACCUUAAGCAAAAGAGACAAGGGUGAAGAGACCCUGCUAGGAGUCACUCUUCACUCUGCACAUUAGAAGGCACUUUCAGCUCCACUUCUGGUUUCUUUGAGGAAGAGGGUGUUGGACUCUGGCCAUGGCAAAAAAAGACUGGUGGAUUAUUUUCUGUACCCUGGACCUCCAGUCCCUGAGAGGCUUGGCUUGGUGCUCCAAGCAUCUUCUUGAGUGAGUCUUCAGAAUUCCAAGUGUCUUUAACUUGGCACCCUCAGUCCAGAGUCAGGGGAGUCGGCCACUGGUGCCACUUCCUUGCCCUCCGGCUGGGCUGCCCAGGUGUUCCUCUGAGCAGCUGCCUCUGGGCCAUUGCGGCAGGCGGUGGCGCUUGGAGUCCGGUCGAACCUUACCUCCUCAGAGAAGCAAAGCAAACAUGCAGGGCUGCGGAGCCAGGCCAUCCUUCCCGGGAUACAAAAAAAUGUAACAGCGCCGAACCCACCCGCGCUGUGGCCUUGAAUAUCAAUGUAUGGGCCGACUCCAGACCGCCAAGUUCCUUAAAAAUGUCUCCGACAGAGUGUCUCGGCCAGACUUUAGGAGUUCAGGUUUGCUGUUUAUUUGGAAUCACCGCAUCACACAAACCGUGUUUACUUGGAAGGGGAGGGGGCUGGGACCAAACCCACCGCUCGGAGCACACGCCUUGAUCUCACAUUCCAGACUUGAGCUGAUGUGUGUCAGCGCGACAUGGGCGGGGGAGGGUUCUCUUUGGAUGUUUCCUUCGCCAUCUGCACGUCACUCCCAAACUUUUCCUCCCUGCUCUCGGGGAGUCAGGUUGACGCGCGCCCUGGAUGCAGGGCUUCAGACACCGGGCUGGCCGCGAUCCCGCCGAGCCUUGCAGAGGCUCCCCGUCUGGACUCGGGCUUCUCAGGUAGUCUGGCAUUUUUAAGCUUUUGCGUUCCAUGAAGAGGCAGCAUUCCAGAAGAACUCGGGAUAUAAACAUAGAAAUCGUUGCAAUGUCUCCAUGUGUGGCAUGCCGAUCCAUCUGGCACUGAGAAGACCAUGAUAUCUUCAGCUUUCUUGUGUGUUUCCAUGUUCUCCAGCAAGAAUUCUCCUACUUUUUUUUGUGCCAUGGGAAAAACCUGAAGGGCAGGCAGAGUUGCUCCUGAACUCGCGGCCUUCUCCGUGGUUGCAGUGGCUCUUAUAGAACAUGACAGUUGGAAAUCACUUCCUUUUGGUGUCUUCUAGAGCCGUACCAAAGAACGUGCUUUCUCAUUCCCUAGUGUUUGGGUGUCUGCUCAUUUUUGUAUUUGUGCCUUUCAACCAUCUUAUGUAAUUGCAAGACGUCCUUAAGGUUUUCCAGCAUACCUUGCAGGCAUCUGGAUUCCUUGGGGCUUGCCCAUGGCUCUGUAAGCCUACAGUCCAAGGGCACUACCAUGAGGCACUGUGUUAAUUGCUGCAUACAGUUGUUACCUGACGACACACACAAAUCGCAGAUCGGCUGCCGAGGAGGAGGCCCCCAUCACUGUCACCAGGCGUGCCCUACUUGCAAGGGAGAAAACAAAAUUCUGUUUCGCGUGGACAGUAAGCAGAUGAACUUGCUUGCUGUUCUCGAAGUCAGGACUGAAGGGAAUGACAGCUGGGGUGGAUUUUUGCGCUUUAAGAAGGGGAAGCGAUGUAGCCUUGUUUUUGGACUGAUAAUAAUGACCUUGGUGAUGGCUUCAUACAUUCUUUCUGGGGCCCACCAAGAGCUUCUGAUCUCAUCGCCUUUCCAUUAUGGAGGCUUCCCUAGCAAUCCUAGCUUGAUGGAUGGUGAAAACCCAAGUGACAUGAAAGAGCAUCAUCACCAACCCUCUGUAAAUAACAUUUCAUAUGUGAAGGACUAUCCAAGCAUUAAAUUAAUUAUCAACAGCAUCACAGCCAGGAUUGAGUUCACAACCAGACAGCUCCCAGACUUGGAAGAUCUCAAGAAGCAAGAGUUGCAUAUGUUUUCAAUAAUCCCCAAUAAAUUCCUUCCAAAUAGUAAGAGUCCCUGCUGGUAUGAGGAAUUCUCAGGGAGGAAUACCACUGACCCCUACCUGACAAACUCCUAUGUCCUCUACUCCAAGCGGUUCCGCUCCACCUUCGAUGUCCUGCGCAAGGCCUUCUGGGGCCACUUGUUGCACGCCAAUGGGAAGCACUUCCGCCUGCGCUGCCUCCCCCACUUCUAUAUCAUCGGGCAGCCCAAGUGUGGGACCACCGACCUCUAUGACCGCCUCCGGCUGCACCCAGAGGUGAAGUUCUCUGCCAUCAAGGAGCCACACUGGUGGACUCGGAAGCGGUUUGGAAUCGUCCGCCUGCGAGAUGGACUGCGAGACCGCUACCCUGUGGAAGACUAUCUGGACCUCUUUGACUUGGCCGCACACCAGAUCCACCAAGGACUGCAGGCCGGCUCUGCAAAGGAGCAGGUCCAGAUGAGCAAAAUCCUCAUUGGGGAGGCCAGCGCCUCGACCAUGUGGGACAACAAUGCCUGGAUGUUCUUCUAUGACAACAGCACGGAUGGUGAGCCCCCGUUUCUGACCCAGGACUUCAUCCAUGCCUUCCAGCCAAACGCCAAACUGAUUGUGAUGCUCAGGGACCCUGUGGAGAGGUUGUACUCAGACUAUCUCUACUUUGCAAGUUCGAAUAAAUCUGCAGAUGACUUCCAUGAAAAAGUGACAGAAGCUCUGCAGCUGUUUGAAAAUUGCAUGCUCGAUUAUUCAUUGCGCGCCUGCGUCUACAACAACACCCUCAACAAUGCCAUGCCUGUGAGGCUCCAGGUUGGGCUGUAUGCUGUGUACCUUCUGGACUGGCUCACUGUCUUUAAUAAGGAGCAGUUCCUGAUUCUUCGCCUCGAAGAUCAUGCAUCCAAUGUCAAGUACACCAUGCACAGGGUCUUCCAGUUCCUGAACCUAGGACCCUUAAGUGAAAAGCAAGAGGCCUUGAUGACAAAGAACCCGGCAUCUAAUGCACGGCGCCCUGAAGACCGGAAUCUGGGGCCCAUGUGGCCAGUCACACAGAAGAUUCUGCGGGACUUCUAUGGGCCGUUUAACAUCAGGCUGGCUCAGGUUCUUGAUGAUGAAGCGUUUGCAUGGAAGACGCGAGAGAGCUGAGUUCCCACUCCAGGCCCUGGGCCCAUCAUGACCAGGAUUUAAAAACCUCUCUUUGUGGGGAACCAUAGUGUGGAGAAAACCCCCAGGAUUGGAGUCAUCCUUCUCACCUUAGGCACAUGUUAAUUAUAACCAUUUCAGAAUUUCCUUCAUGAUGCUAAAUAGCUCAGCAACUGGCCCCUCGCAGAGCUCCACCGUCUGAGGCCAUUGGAAGAGCCAAUUCUGCUUCCCUUCUGCUCCAUGUGCACCUGGAGUCCUGGGAGAGGCAGGCUGUCACUGCCCUGCAUGUGGAGAGGGAAACAGAGCCACCGCCCAGCCCUGCAGUCCUUCAGGAGAGUCCGAGUCUGGCUUUGACAAUCCCAAGUCCAGUUAAGCAGGCCAGGGGUCAUGCCACCAGCUUGCCAGAAUUUCACACUUAUCUCUCACUUUUGAAACACUCUUGUUUAGAUCACUCACUGCAUCUGGGCAGAGAAGUGAGACUCUUUGAGGUUGGAGGCCCUUUCAAUUUUUCCUUUUUACUCCAAAGUUAGCCCUUCAGUCUCUUCAGAUAGGAACCUAUUAACUUCCCUGUUUCCAAGAGGAAAAAAAUAAGUUUUGGCAGCACAUUCAUCACUCCGGCCUCUCCCAUCCUGUGCUUGUAGACUUUCCUGAUGUUUAACAUAGAGGAUGAACACGUUUAAAACAAACCACUCGCUGAAUUGGUCUAGCCCUGGCUCUGUUUUCUGCCUCUUUUGAUCUUUCCUCACGAAAUUUCAGUUUAUAAUUCUAAGAGAAAUUUUUUGCUGUCAGUGUCAGAAUGAGCGACCUCAAGGAACAAACACUUACGGAAAACUGAGGUAACUCAAGCCCUCACUGUGUGAACGAGGUCAUCAGAGAGCCGGCGGCUACCACUCUGUCUUCACACCUUCCCAUUAAGUUUAUCAUGAACAUUCUCCACUAUAUGUGGUCAAAGUUUCUUACCCAAUUAAGGAACUAGAAGAUACUUGUGUCCUGAUUCAGAAACAGUGCACAAGCUAAAUUGUGCUGAGCAUGGUAUGCUGGAUUUUGAAUGAGAUUGCCAGGAGCCAUGUUCUUAAUGAAACUUUCUAGGCUGCUCGGCAGCUUGGAAGUCAUGGGGAAGACAAAAGAGAUACUUGAGCCCACUUGGCGUGCAGCCCCUGGUGGGUACUUGACAAGACUUCACACUUGAGUAUUGUCAAGGGAAGCCUCCUGGGAACCAAAGUUCUUGGGUCAAGCCUAUGUCAGAAAGUGAAAAUACCUACCUGCCCAGCCAUAACUCAUGUGUGUGACAGGGCCUCAGUGGCGGGAGAUCUGCAGUUGCUUAGCUGUUCGAUCCUAGUUGUCUUCCUGCUAUUGGAGAAGGGAUGCACAGCCUAUCUAAAGACGUGCGGGGGGCUCUCAGAACUGGCCUGGCCAGGGCUAUUUCUGCUACUGAAGGAGCUGUGUGUCCUGAACGCCCACUUUCAGGGACAAUCCUUCCUUUUCUCUUGCAGCCGGCACUUGGAGCAGCAGCCAACAGGGAAAUCUGGCCUGAGCACAAGGAUGCUUUAGGGAGAUAUCACUUCAGUGUGUGUGUGUAUUUAUUUGCAAUACAGAGUGCGUGUGUGUGCGUGUAUGUGGGUGGGUGCAUUUUCUGAGUGGGUUCCCUUCAGUCUGAUGCUGAUGAGGCUCCUCCGCUCUGGACACAACCCUUUUAUAAAUUAAUUUCUCUGCCAAUUAACUUGUCGUUUCCAGUACAUAUUUUACUAUUCUACACCAACCAUAAUGACAACAGGGAUUUUUCUUAUGCCCUCCUGUGCAUGUGAAGAACAUGUAGUAUAAUUCCGCUUCUUACAGAAGUAUUACUGAAGGUAUUAUUUCCAAUAUUAUUUGGUUUAUUAUAUGGAUCUUUUUUAUAUAUGCAGGCCCAUCUUUUCUGGGCCAAUCAAUGCCAUCCAAACACGGUUUUUCUCUUAAGGGGCCUUUGUCCAAAGGGCAUAUAUAUUGCCUUUGCUUUCUCUCAUUUGAAGCCUGCCUCUCAUUGACAGCACAGGUACUGUUUGGGCAGUGGUUCUCUAGCCUGUCAUCCAAAACCAAAGCGAAACAGAGCGUUUCUCAUGACCUGGUAUUGAAGUUCCUUGUGUUCCCUAAAGCUGUGCACCGGAUUGUAUUCAACUGUACUC